GUCACGGACCCCGUGUUUGAAUCCUGUGGGUGGCGGCAAAGCUUCAAGCUGUGACGCAAACCGACGAAGAAGAAGCAGCAUCCAAAGUUAUGACCGGAAGUGGUUUUUUCUCUCACGCUGUUGAGAGAAGCUGCAGUCUACAGUCACACCAGAUAUUUCCUCAGUGAGCCCUGAAGAUACCGGAGAUGAAAAAACAAGACACCGAAGAGUCUGUCACACAGGCCAUUGAGGAUACUCCACCUGCAGCAGGAGAGAUGGAGUCGCCCGCAGCUGCGAAAGACAGCUUGGACAGCAACAGCCCCAAAGAGUCUGAGCCGCAGACACCACAGACAGACACGCCUCCGCAAAGUGAUGAGGCAGGAAGUGACGUCGCAGAGGCAGCGCUGUCUCAGUGUGACAUGGCAGAGGAACUGAGCCGGCAGCUGGAAGACAUCCUCAGCACUUACUGUCGGGAAAGCAUCUCAGACGAUGCCAGCACCCUCCCCAAUGGCCAGUCACACAGCCUGGAGCUCAACGGCCUGACCAGGGAGGACGACAAGCCAGAUGAGGGCAAAGUCAACGGAGCAAACAUCGGGGUGGAGAAGGAGCAGAAGAAGAGUCAGGACAAGAAGAAAGUAAAGGGCCUGGGCAAAGAGAUCACUCUCCUCAUGCAGACUCUGAACACACUGAGCACACCAGAGGAAAAGCUCGCAGGCCUCUGUAAGAAGUAUGCUGAGCUGCUGGAAGAGCAUCGUAACACCCAGAAGCAGAUGCGAGUGCUGCAGAAGAAGCAGAACCAGCUGGUCCAGGAGAAAGACAACCUGAGAAACGAACACAGCAAGGCCAUCCUGGCUCGCAGCAAGCUGGAGAGCCUCUGCAGGGAGCUGCAGAGACACAACCGCACGCUCAAGGAAGAAGGGAUGCAAAGAACACGUCUGGAGGAGGAGAAAAGGAAGGAAGUGACGUCCCACUUCCAGGUGACACUGAACGACAUCCAGGCUCAGAUGGAGCAGCACAACGAGAGGAACGCCAGUCUCCGACAAGAGAACACAGAGCUGGCUGAGAAACUGAAGAAGCUCUAUGAACAGUACAAACUACGAGAAGAGCACAUAGACAAAGUGGUGAAGCACAAAGAUCUGCAGCAACAGCUGGUGGAUGCCAAGCUGCACCAGGCUCAGGAGCUGCUGAAGGAGUCCGAGGAACGCCACGACAGAGAGAAAGAAUUUUUGCUGAAAGAAGCGGUGGAGUCUCAAAGGAUGUGUGAGCUGAUGAAGCAGCAGGAAGUUCACCUCAAGCAGCAGCUGUCGCUGUACACAGAGAAGUUUGAAGAGUUUCAGACCACUCUGUCCAAGAGCAACGAGGUCUUCACCACCUUCAAACAGGAGAUGGAGAAGAUGACUAAAAAGAUCAAAAAGCUGGAGAAAGAGACGGCCAUGUAUCGGUCCAGGUGGGAGAGCAGCAACAAGGCUCUUCUGGAGAUGGCAGAGGAGAAAUCUGUGCGGGACCGUGACUUCGAGGCACUUCAGGGUAAAGUCCAGCGGCUGGAGAAGCUGCGGCGGGCACUAAAAGUCGAACGCAACGAGCUCAACAAGAAGGUUCAGAAUCUCAGCGAUCCGCACAGCGGCACCGCAGGAGCCCCCACCUCCGACCCAGGGACCGACUCCCCCUCUCCGCCACCCACAGACACUUUGCUGGAGCCCAGCAGCGAGCCCAGCAGCAACCCCAUCCCGGACACUGCCCCUCACUGCUCCCAGUCUUGCCACUGUGACCCAGAACUGGACACAGACGCGCUGCUAGAAGGGGCACAGGCUCAGCCCAUCGCCGCACAGGAAUGAAGCAACGCUGCUCACCGUCUCUCUCUCUCUCUCUCCUCCCAGCAUCAAGCCACAAAACAAAAAAGCCACCAAGCCCACAAGCCACUACUCCUCUGCUGGAUGAAGCUGAUGUUAAACACUGCUAGCAAGGUUAACUUGUGUCCUCCCAGCAUGCUCUGCUGUCUUUAAAAGGCGAUGGGAAGAUCUGUGCCUCAUCUGUCAGUAGAUUUACAUGCACACCGCAACUAAGUUACUGUGAAUAACCUGAUUAGUAGUUAAUAGUUUGAUUAAACGGUUCACAGUUCAUUUCCCCCAAUAAAUUGAUUUAUUAGUCAGCGUAAUUUUCAGAGGCAGCCUACAGGAAACAUCUGAUUGUUGCCACAAAGCAGAGGAGGAAGUUUUUUCAGAUUAAUUUAUUAGUCUUUAAAUUAGCCCUUUUUAGUGACACGCGCCACACAUGCUGCUGUUUGUGUACAGAAACAGAAAACCUCUCUAGCACACGCACUGAAUCCAAAUCCAGCUCCGCUACGCCUGCUCCAACUUAAACCUUAACUUGAACAAGACGACCUGUAGUAAUGUCUUUUCUCAGUGUGCAUGUAAACCGCUGCUUUAAAACACAUUCCCUUUGUUUGCCCGGCAGUAAAACACAGAACCGCUUGGGUGCUGCACGGGAUGACACAAGGCAAAGAGGGGCCACCAGAGGUUGAAUGAUUUGUGUGUGUGCGUGUAGCUACUCGUGUGCAUCUUUAGUCAUUGUGGUUUGAAGGGUUUGAUUCAUAGCGUGCAGUAUACUGGAGGUCACUUAUAGUAACUUUUUUCUUUCAGGCGAGGUCUUAACAGAGAGAUUUUUUUUUGUUUGUUUUAGCAAAAUUAGACAAUUCUCAAUAACAGACACUUUCUACACUGCUCAAAUGUUCAGAACACUUUCUAUGUUUCACCAGUUUCCAUCUUCCUCGUAGACCAAAUGUUUUCUUCUUCGUUUGCAUCACGCUUGUUUGAUUUUUGUGGUGUGUAUUUAUUGUUUGAAACAUAAUCUCUGAUAUUGAAAUAUAUGUAUCUUACAGAGCACCACUAUAAAAAAAAUAAAUCGGUUUAUUUUUUACUUGUUUGGUAAAGUUUAAAAUCUGUUACUUUUAUGACCAACAUUUAAUUCCUAACCUUUCUGAGAUCAGUUGCGUUGCUUUGUUUUUACUUGUGUCUCAGUCUGCUUUAUAACCUCGUAAUGACGACCACUUUAAACUUGUUCAGCUCCAUCUUUGUGUAUUGGUACGUAUGGUGUGCGUGCGCAUGUGUGUGCGGCUUACGUGGCUAUGAUUGUCUCCUCCCUGGUCGUUGCAGUAGCUCCUAAUCAGGUUUUAACUAGAGAAUGUUCAAGGACCUCUAUGCAACGCUUGCCUCUUGGUUGAAUUCUGUGGCAGUCUGAACUGACAAGCACUUAGCUAAGAAUGUAUAUUCAUUAUAUCCACUGUCCUGCAUGGAUGUAUUGUAUUAACAGACAAACAUAUCUCAGCAGAACUCUAUUUUUUGGUUUGGUUUGUUAAUUGCCUCUUUUUGUUUGACAUUGAACGUAACGCCAUGCAUUGCCCCAGUGCUUUUAAAAGGAGCAGUGACUGAGCCGAGUAGGACUAAGGAGGGAAAAUUAGAGAAAAUGUUAUUGAAACUUCUGAAAUGUGCUUUCACUCCCAAACAUGUUAUUUCUCCUCACACAUUCUUAUGUAAUACCUGAUAUGUAGCAUUGGUAACAAUUAUAGAACCAAGUCAUUUUCAACUUUAAACAGAAAUGACAGACCUGAUUUCUUCCAUUAACAGAUUCAUUGUUCCUCUGGUCCAGUGUUGGAUGUGGAGGUUCAUUGACCAUGAGAAGGAACCAAAGAUGUUUCCUUUAUUUUGUCUUUUGCAGUACUUUUAUCUGGCCCUGUAUAUUUUGUUUCUUGUUAAAUAAAAGAUGUAACAGUGUA